AUGUCUACGCAAAUAUUUCUUCCCUCCGAAAAAUUAUGUGCCGACAGCACCAAAGAGCAGGCAUGGCUCAUUGACGAGGUGAUACGGCCGCAAUUGCCGAAUAUCAAAGAAAAUCUGGCCUCCUGUAUGGCUAAAAUUAGUGAGAACAACGGCGAGGAGUUCAAGUUCCCGUUGUCGUCGCAUAACUCUGAGACGCUCAAGGGCGUGAUCAGCCGCUCCAAUUUUCGGGUCACGGGGCUGAGCGUGUCCAUCCGGUCGAAAAGCAUUGGCCGCGCGCUGCAUCUGCGGCUCAAGGACAACUCGACCCUGAUACUUCGCCAGUUACUGGAUUGUCACGAUUUAAUUUACAACGCUAUCAACACCAUUAGCAAAAUACAAACGCUGCCAGAAACACAGCCUGCUGUGCUGCUGAAAAUUCUGUCAACACUACACAGCCAGAUCCAACUCGCCAAAAAGUCUCUGCUGUUCCCCACAGAGGCUUACAUGUUCCCCAGGUACAGGUUACCGCACCAGCUGUUUGAGCCGGAACUCCCCGAAAACGUGGCGCUGGACCUGGUGAUCAGCAACAGCGACCUCUCGAUCGACCUCAAGGUGAUCAAGCCGAUCACGCACCGGCCGUGGGACCUGAUAAUCGAUGUGCCGAACCGGGUCUCGUUUGCAGACCAUGUGCGCGCCAAAAUCUCUCAGGACAGAACACGGUCCAUCUCCACGAUCCUGUGCGAGGAGUACCGCAAGCUGCUGGAUUCCAGACGGAAGAACGGUGCCGAAAAUAGCGGGUUUUUGAAGUCGGUUUUCGCGGGCAACGCAGAGCCGUCGUGCUCCACGGUGCUCAAGAUGUCAACUAAAUACCUCGAGGAAAGCAUCACGUACGUGGACAACAGCGACAGUCCAGUUGUCGUGACAAUCCAGGAGACGUGCGACGUGGUGACGAGCGACCCAAUGCUUCUGUCAAUCACCAUCAAGCUAGACAGUCUGGAGAAAAGCGUGGGCAAGUUGCUGGAGAACCUCAAGCUGAUCUCGACGCCAGCUUAA